AUGGCACAAGAGAGUGUCCAAACGUGUUCAAAGCACACUGAAAUCAUCGAUAUAGUUUGUGAGGAUUGUGAUAAAUUUCUCUGUUCUCAAUGUGUAAAAAAUGAUCAUGGAUAUCAUAAAUGGGUUUCUCUUUUUCGGGCCUCUGCAGAAAGAAGAAACGAAAUUUCUCGAAUCCUGGGGUACAUCAAGAAGGAAAAGCUUCCAUGCAUUGAUGAUAAAUUAGAGAAGACAUCACAGCAGAUAGAGGAGAACAAAAAUCAAUAUGAGACGCAAAUAAAGGAGCUUUGGGAGCAUAAUCAUGAUAUCGUAGCCAGAUUGUCAGAAAUUAUAAAACACCAUGAGAAAAAUAUGAAAGACAAUCUAACAAAAAAGAAUCAACAGGCAAACGUUUUUAAAACUCGUUUAUUGGAGAAAAGAAAGCUUCUUGCUGACAAAGUAAAUUUCCUAGAAGAAAACAGCACAUUGUGUGAUUAUAGUUUGGUGAACCAUCACAGAGAACUGAAACAGAUACUGUCUGACACAGAAUUUGAUAUAACAAACAGACAACUAUCAAUUCGAUACAAACCAGGGAAAGUAAAUCAUGAAUAUCUAGAACAAAUGACUGGCCAAACUUUGAAUUUAGAGAACAUAAAUGCAACAAAAUCCGGUGAAUUUAAAUAUGAACGUGAUGGAAUCUCUGUUCUUGAGUCAUUGAAUACCGACAAAUGCUACAUGAAAGCAUGUAAUUCCGACUAUGUAGAACAAGUGGACAAAAGAGGCGAUAAGAAGCAGAAGUUCAACAUAGUUCCUAAUGAUAUGUGUGUUAAUUUGCUGACGACGGCCAUGUUUAUUUCACUGACAAAGGUAGUAACUCCAUCGGCUGUUUCUCUUCUUCAGGAUCUCGGUCGACAGUCUUCAGUACUCAUCCUCUAG